AUGUACAAGACGGGAUUAUCGCCGCCGGACGCCAAUGGCACCGUCGCGCAAAUCGACGAUUCCCUCCCCGACGAUCCCAUCAUUUCUGCCGAAACACCCCAAUCCGACGUCGGCGCGACAUCCCGGCGCAGCAGCGCCCAAAAGUCGAAGAAAAACACCUACCCAUGCCCGCUCGCCAAACAAUUCAAUUGCAACGACUACUUCACGACGUCCGGCCACGCGGCGCGCCACUCCAAGAAACACACGGGGAAGAAGGACGCCGUGUGCCCGCAAUGCCACAAGGCGUUCACGCGCAAGGACAACAUGGAGCAACACCGCCGCACGCACAAG